AUGGACUGUGACAUUGCUUCAUAUCAUGUGGAAUCAUUCGAUUAUUUGGCGGAACAAGGAGUGCAUUUGGCUGCUUUAGAUGUACCAGCAGAAAAAUUCCGACUUCCAACUGGAGAAGCUGUGGAAUUACGCUAUACCGGUGCCCAGCUUGGUUAUCCAAUGAUUGAGAUGAAACAGGGUUCUGCUGUUGAUUCGUUAAAACUAUUUCCUUCAGAGUGCAGACAACGUGGCUUAACAUAUAGAGGGCCAUUGAAAGUAAAUAUAGAAAUAUGCCUGAAUGGUGCUAAGAUGGAUUUUUGUGAAGUUAUUGUUGGUGAGGUUCCCAUUAUGUUGAAAUCAAACAGAUGCCAUUUGCGUUGGUUAACAAGAGAGCAGCUAAUAGCACAUGGUGAAGAAGGAACUGAAAAAGGCGGCUAUUUCAUUUGUAAAGGGAAUGAAAAGGUCAUACGUCUUUUGGUUGCAAAUCGUCGCAAUUAUCCCAUAGGAUUAGUAAGGCAUUCCUUUCGUGAAAAAGGAUCUUUAUUUACACAAUAUGGGGUGAUGAUUCGAUGCGUCCGAGGAAAUUAUUCAGCUGCUAUGAUGACGCUUCAUUAUCUCGAGAGUGGUACCAUUGUUAUUGCUUUGCAGUACCGACGUGAAUUAUUUUAUUUGCCGUUCAUGUACGUCAUCAAAUCAUUAACAUCGAUGAAUGAUCAAUGCAUUAUGGAGCAUAUGAUUAGGUGUCGACCCGGUGAUCAUUUUUGGAAAGGAUGCGUAACUACGAUGUUAGCACUAUGCAGCGAUGAUGGUAUAGUGAAUCAAAAAGCAGCACUCACUGCUAUUGGUGAAAGGUUCCGAGUAGCCACUCAGGAUCGUGUUGGUCCGUGGGAAGUUUCUGAAGAUGUUGGUCGUUUCUUGCUUCGCGUUUGUGUUGCAAUACAUUUGGACAACGAUGAAGAUAAAUUCUUCCUCCUUUCGUAUAUGGCUCAAAAAUUGAUAGCAUUGACGAAAGGUGAAUGUGCUGCCGAAUCGCCGGAUAAUCCACAAUUUCAAGAAGCUGCUGUAUCCGGUCAUAUACUUCUUUUGAUUAUACGAGAACGUUUGGAAAAUACUUUGAAUAUUGCACGAAGAAAAAUUGAACUUGAGGCUAAACGCAAAGCAGAAAGUUUCCUUUUAUCGAGUCAUGAAUUGAUUCGUGCGAUGGGUACGCAGCGGUCAGGGGAAAUAACACGAGGUCUGGAGUAUUUCCUUGCUACCGGAAAUCUAAUUUCCAGGGGAGGCUUAACAUUACAACAAAACAAUGGAUUUUCGGUGAUUGCCGAAAGAAUUAAUCAACUUCGAUUUGUUUCCCAUUUUCGAGCAAUUCAUCGAGGUGCAUUUUUCAUGGAAAUGCGUACCACAGAUGUACGUAAAUUACGUCCCGAAGCUUGGGGUUUCAUAUGCCCAGUACAUACCCCUGACGGUGCUCCAUGUGGUCUAUUAAAUCACGUUGCGGCAAGUGUACGCAUUGUUACGCAUUAUUCGAAUACUAGUGAACUGCCAAAAUUGCUCGGAGAGUUAGGGAUGGUUGGUCAUUCCGCUAUCACAUUACUGCCUGCAGAACCUAUGUAUCCCGUUUUGGUUGAUGGAAAAUUUGUUGGCCAUAUCUCGCAAUCACAGGCAUCAUAUGUCGAACAACAGUUACGUGUUUUGAAGGUAUCAGAUGAUAUUCGUGUGCCUUCUUGUGCUGAAAUAAUUUUAGUAGAAAAGUCCAUUGAUCCGAUUAAUAUUUUGGUGCAAUAUCCCGGUUUGUACAUAUUUACUGAGCCUGGACAUCUCAUGCGACCCGUCAAAUAUCUUCCAUCAGAUCGAGUUGAAUUCAUAGGAACAUUCGAGCAAGUGUACUUAUCAAUUUGUAUCGACCCGGAGGAGGCAGAGCCCAAUGUAACGAUGCAUCAAGAAAUUCAUCCCAGCUGUUUAUUUAGUUUUGCUGCUAACCUAAUACCAUUUCCUGAUCAUAAUCAGUCGCCAAGGAAUGUUUAUCAAUGUCAAAUGGGUAAACAAACAAUGGGAACACCUGUUCAUGCAUGGAACUAUCGAGCCGACAAUAAAAUGUAUCGUCUUCAGUUCCCUCAAAAUCCUAUCGUAAAACCAGAACCAUAUGAGAAAUAUGGUAUUGAUGAGUAUCCGCUGGGAACGAAUGCAUGUGUUGCAGUCAUAUCAUACACAGGUUAUGAUAUGGAGGAUGCUAUGGUAAUUAAUAAGAGCUCAUAUGAACGUGGUUUUGCUCAUGGGAGUGUUAUUAAAGUAGAAAGGGUGAAUCUGACAGAAGGACGAUCCGCAGAGUGCCCAAUAUUUUUGUGUGAUCCUGAAAAUCCUCAAAAGACGAUAGAUCUUGAUGGUUUACCGAUUCCUGGGCGUUUAUAUAUGGAAGGUGAUCCGUAUUAUUCGGUGUACGACAUUGAUACAAACAGUUAUAAAAUCCAUAAAUACAAAUACGCAGAAGCAGCAUUCUGUGGAUCGGUAAGGAUUGUCGAAGAGGGGGAGAACGUCGGAGCAAACAAGGGCAAAUGUCAUGCAUUGAUUCAGUGGCGUACACGACGUAAUCCGAUAAUUGGUGACAAAUUUGCAUCACGACAUGGUCAGAAAGGUAUCAAUUCUUUCUUAUGGCCUACUGAAUCGAUGCCAUUUUCGGAGUCAGGAAUGGUUCCUGAUAUUAUUUUUAAUCCGCAUGGUUUUCCAUCUCGAAUGACAAUUGGGAUGAUGAUUGAAAGUAUGGCUGGUAAAGCAGGAGCUAUGCAUGGUUCUACAUAUGACUCUUCACCAUUUGUUUUCAAUGAGAAGAAAACAGCCAUUGAUCACUUUGGACAACUUCUUGUUCGUGCAGGAUAUAACUAUUAUGGAAAUGAAACGAUGUAUUCUGGUGUGGAUGGCCGGGAAAUGGAGGUUCAAAUUUUUUUCGGAAUUGUAUAUUAUCAGCGCCUGAGACAUAUGAUUGCGGAUAAAUUCCAAGUACGAUCAACCGGCCCAACAGAUCCGGUGACGUUACAGCCAGUGAAAGGUCGUAAGAAAGGUGGUGGAAUUCGGUUUGGUGAAAUGGAACGUGAUGCAAUGAUCGCUCAUGGAGCUGCGUUCACUUUGCAGGAUCGUCUUUUUAAUUGUUCCGACCGAGAUAUUGCGCAUAUUUGUGCGCGUUGCGGUUCAAUGAUAUCGACGCUUCGAUGUUCAAAGAUGCUACCAGAGCAUCGAAAUAGCGAAAAUUCAGUUUUAAACUACAGUGAACGUGAAAUGUGUUUGUUAUGUGGCAAGGAUGAUGAAGUUUGUCCGGUUGAAGUGCCUCGGGUGUUUCGUUAUUUGGUUGCUGAACUUGCAGCAAUGAAUGUCCGCCUGCAGAUUUCAGUGAAGCAUCCGGCGAACUUGUCCCUGUAA